CACGACGGCGCCGGUGGUCACCAGCCAUCACAACAGCCACCACCAGAGCCACCAAAACAACAAUAAUAUAAUUAAUAUGAAUAACAACAACAACAAGACGUUAACCGGUGGCCAACUGGUGAAUGGCGUGAUUCCGCACCACAAGCAAAACGGAACGGUAGCCAACGGCUCGGCCAAACACCACAGUCAGCCGCCGCUGCAGCUGAUCCAAAACCACUCGCUCUCGCCCGAGAGGGUGGUCUCCGUGGACACCACCGACUCGAUGAGACAUAUAUCGAAACAGAAGCAAAACAAAAUCAAUCGAAAUAAUCGUAAGAAGAAUAACACGGAGGAAGCGCUCUCUCCAGAUGAAGUCUUUAUGCCGAAAGACAUCGACUUAGAUAAUGGAGAACUCGACGAAUUCGAGAAAGAAUUAGAGGCUUUCAAACGAUUCUGCUUCAAUUCGGUUCCGCUUAAAGUCAAAGAGAAAGUAAACGUAAACCUGAAGGACAUCGUCAUCAAGAAGAAGGAUUAGAUGCGUGUCUUCAGCCGAUUGUCUUCGAGCCGAUGCAUGGCGUCAAAUACCGAUCAUUUAAAAUGCGUUAUAAUUAUAUUUCUCUAGUGUUUGGACUUCUCUGAUGGCAAACAAAACACACUUCUAUUGUGAUAAUUAUUAUUAUUAAUUAAUAUUAUUAUUGGAAAUGAGUUUUCUCUCUCUCUUUCUCUCUUUACUCUCUCUCUACUCUCUUACGUUGUCUGUUAUAUCUCACACUAUCAGACAUCAGUUUUUAUUAAUUUUUAAUUAAAAUAUAAUUUUGUGUUUACUAUACCCCCCGAGAAAAUGAGGUGACAUUUGAAAAACAAAAGUGUAAAUCAUUAAAUAAUUGAUUUAAAAAUUUAUAAACACCAAAACACAUAUAAAUAAUAUUGUCUUUUCAAACACGAGCUGUACGUUUACGAUUGAACUACAGAAUAAUGGAUACAAUGAUUGAUAUAAAAAACAAUGACAUCUUUUUUGGAGAAUUACUUUUUAUGUUCAUUUGAAUAUCUCUUUUGAUUAUAAAUAUAUAUAUAUUUUCGCUCGACUUCUCUGUCGUGUAUUUCUCUCUCUCUUAUGAUUAUUAUUAUCUAAUUAUAUCUGUCUAUCGAUUCGCGAGACACCACCACAACUCCAACCUCUUAUUGAUACGAAACAAAUGAUUAUUAUAAUUAUGAAUAUAUUAUUGUAUUUGUUUUUAUUAAUCGUAUAUAAGUUUAGAGAAAAAAAAGUAAUAAUAAAAAUACAAAAUAUAUUAUCGAAUUAUAUAUUUAAUUAAUUAUUGAUGUCUUAAACAUUUGAUUUUUUUUUUGAAUUAUUCUUAUUAUUAUUAUUUUUUUUGAGAGCCAUUUGAAUAAAUUUUUUAAAUGUA